CAUGGGCAGUUUAUCUCAGACUUUGCUGCUUUUACUCGCGUGGGUGCUGCUGUCCGAGGUGAACCAGGGGAACAUGCCUGGGAUCCAGAGCACCUUCCUGGCCAUGGACACGGAGGAGGGCGUAGAGGUGGUGUGGAAUGAGCUGCACUUCACAGACAAGAAGGCCUUCAAGGCCCACGAGGAGAAGAUCAAUACCAUGUUUGAGCAGCUGGUGGUUGUGGAUCAUCCCAAUAUUGUGAAGUUGCAUAAAUACUGGCUGGAUGUGAAGGACUCCAAGGCCCGGGUGAUCUUCAUCACAGAAUACGUGUCCUCGGGGAGCCUGAAACAGUUCCUGAAGAAAACCAAGAAAAACCACAAGGCCAUGAAUGCUCGGGCCUGGAAGCGCUGGUGCACACAGAUCCUCUCUGCUCUCAGCUUCCUGCAUUCCUGCGAUCCGCCCAUCAUCCACGGCAACCUGACGAGUGACACUGUCUUCAUCCAGCACAACGGCCUCAUAAAGAUCGGCUCAGGUACUGGGCAGAGGGCCCCUUCCCACCUCUGCUGCCAGGGUGCAUGGUCCGUGUGGAGAGACUUCCCCCAGCUAAGAGAUGUGAACUCAGGGGGUUGAGUGAGUGGCUCUGGUGCACGUCUGCCCCCAUGGCUACUUCACCCCUCUGGCCUCUUGCCAGACUCCCUAGUCCAGGGCAGGCCCCAGGGCUUACUCUCCCUGGACUUCCUCCUGGUACCUGACCAGCUCCUGUUCUUCCUAGCGAGUGCCUGUAGGACCCUUCUCUGCAGCCUCCUCCUUUCUCUGCCCCCCCUUCCCAGCCAGCGAAACAGACUUGCUGGGUGGUCACUAGCUGCCACCAACUCCAGUUACUAAACACCUAGCUGUUUGUAUUCUCUCAUUCUGCCCCUUUCUAAUGCUACCCCCCAUUUCCUGAUAUUUGUACUUAAUAACCUCAUGUAACUUCUUUCCGUAAGCCAUUGACAUUUCUCAAAAAGCUUUUCCUUUUCUUUCUCAAAGCCCUGGCGUACCAUAACAGGUGAUCAGCUGUUUCCUCUCCUUUCCCACGCUCCCAUAGUCCAUCUUUGUGUUUCAUGUAUUCGAAAAAGAUUUUUGUUUAAACCAGAAUGCCCAGUUAGUGCCCUAAACAAAAUUACUUCAUUUUUCCUGCUCAGACCCUGAGGCGUGUUGUUAUCCUCAACUCUAGGGCACAACGCAGAAAGUCUUAUGCCUUUUUUUCCCAUUGAUCCAAAUUUUUGGCCAUUCCUCUUUUAAAUUUUCCUGUACUAAGUUUUCAAAUUCCUGUUUAUUCAAGGAUAUUUCCGUGGCAAUCCUUCCAUUUUUUUACCACAUUUGUAGCUCUUUUGUCUGCCAUUUCAUCCCGUUACCUCGACAUGCACGGGGAUCCCGGCUAGUGCUACAUGGUGCAUGUCAUUUCAUUGAUUAAAUCACUUCUACAUACGGAGGCACCCUUUUUAUUCCCUGAGGUUUGAUACUUCUUCAGAAAAAAUGGCUGCUGCUGCUGCUGGAUGUACAAAUUAACGCUGGCAUUAUUGCUACUAGUCCCGCUGUCAUGGCAGCUAUAAAAUCAGAUAUUCUUUUCUAUAUACUAAUUCCUGAUUCUGGUGCACAAUCUGCUGUCUCUACUCCUCCUGCUUUUUUUGAGGUGGAGGGGAUGAUCCAUCUGCAUAUAUGGAGCAAGAACAUAAGAAUAGCCGUAGUGAGUCAGACAAAUGCCAUAUAGCCCAGUAUCUUCUCUUUUGACAGUGGCCA